AUGUCCACAAUAUCAUCUUUUGUGAAUAAUUUGGUCACAUUUAGUGCCCAAACUGUGGACACAAUUGAUUAUUAUUCGCACCAGUAUUGGAUAGACGCCGCCGACCCCCGCACUAAACACUUCCCAUUGGUGGAGGGUGGAAUAUGGAAAAUCUUACUGAUAAUGUCGUGUUACCUAUUGCUUAUCAAAAAAAUCUUACCGGAGUUCAUGAGAAACCGUAAGCCCUAUGUCCUCCGGGGGCCGAUAUUAGCGUUCAACAGCUUAAUGGUGGCCAUAAAUGCCUACUUUUUCUUCCUAAUCGUGCAAAACCUGGAAUACGGGCGCCGUUUCCUGAACUUCCAGUACCCGGACAGACACGACUUCAGCGCCAAAACCCUAUGGGAGCUGAACCUGGGCUGGUGGGGCUGGAUGUCCCGCUUUCUCGAUAUGGUCGACACCAUGUUCUUCGUGCUGCGGAAGAAGAACAAUCAGAUAACGUUCCUCCAUGUCUACCAUCACACGGCUGUCCCAUUCUUAGGUUGGUUCUCAAUGAAGAUUAAUCCGUUGGCCCCUAUCAUAGGGCUGUUCGGUCUGUUCAACACUGCCAUCCAUGUGGUGAUGUACUCGUACUAUGCAUUGGCCUCAUUCGGGCCCCAAAUGCAGCCAUACCUGUGGUGGAAACGCUACAUCACCCAGAUGCAA